CCUUUAGGUGGAUGGGAAGUUCCUUGAUGAGACUUUGACGUCUUAUAAGAAGAACGGCUACACCUCCAUGUUCUUUUACGCGUCGUGGUGCCCGUUUUCUCUCCGUUUGCACCCCACAUUCGAAUCUCUCAGCUCGUUGUUUCCUCAAAUAGAACACUUGGUGGUUGAGCAAUCUUCUACACUACCAAACGUACUCUCAAAAUAUGGAGUCCGCAGCUUCCCGACUAUAUUACUGGUGAACAGGACAUCAUGGGUUCGAUAUCGUGGUCCAAAAGAUAUACUUUCGCUCGUUCGUUUCUAUAACGGAGUAACAGGAUUAAAAUCGGUUCCUUAUUAUAAUGAAGAUGAGUUACUUAGAAUUGAGAACGCUGGGAAGCCAAUAAUCGAACGGUCAAAGAUUUCCUCACCGAACAACAUAUUGAAGAGCGAACCACUGUUGACGUUCUCGUUUGUAUUCAUAUGUCUUCGUAUAGCAAUAGUCAAAUUACCACAUGUGCUAUAUCGUCUUAACAAUCUUUGGAGAUCUUACAUGCCUCACCUAAACUUGGAAAUAUUUGGCGAAACACGACAACUGAUGGGGCGGAUUUUCCACAUGGUCGAUAUGAGAAGGGCAUGGGCGAAGCUGAGGCUAUGCAAGACGAAGAACUUCCACAAAGGAGCAAAGAAUGCUCGUGUUUGGGCGUCGUCUCUGGCCUCCGUCUCGUUGGGUGAAUCUUCGUCCUCAAGAUCGACUUAAAUUCACCUACCUUGUAAAAAUUGAAAAUGCAAAUUUCUGAGGCCUUUUCUUGCACUAGAGGUAGCAGGAGAGUAGAGGGUAAGGCAAGGCCUGUACAGUUAAAAAAAAUUGAUUCUCUCAUAUUGAAUAUUAUACACAUUACACGA